CUUUUCACCCUUCUGCCACUGGAUGUUCAAAUUUCUUGUUAAACAGCCUUUACGCACCAUAUCAACCUCUACACAGAGAAGGAAUCAGACUUCUUCAGAGUCCAAUGACUUUCGACCAGCUUGGGUCUACAAAUACGCAGGAAGAGCUUCGAAUAUAUCAAUAUUUGGUAUAAUGAUCUACGCAGUUUUGCUCUACGAUUUUGGAAACGACGACCAUGUUUUCCAACCCAUCCGGAGUUGGGUUUUGCGUCAAAAAUCAACUCUUUUUGCUCUUUCUCCAGAUGAAGAAAAAUUCAUUGAAUCAAAAAAACUCAAGACUGAAGUCCAGGAACCGUCUAAACCUCGCUCUUAAUUGCGAUGCAUAAAGUAGACUAGUUGGAUAAAUCUCGAAACAUGCGGUGUGUACACAAAGGUAUACAAAUCUACUUCAGCAAGUGUUCUUCGCCCUACACGCAUACUUUGGCUUCCUCUAGAUUCAUACACGUUUCAGAGGGGAUGUAAGAUUCUAGUCAAAUGAUCUCUUAGAUAUAGCAAGAGUCCCCUCCCUCGACCUCUUCCUCUUUCUGCACCACCAUCAUUUUGGAUCAUAUACACCAAUAUAACACGAGUAGUAUCUUUACCUACAGUAGGCCCGUUGGUAUACCGGUAUGUCACUUACAGUAUGAGAUCGCUAAUUUUCGGUUGUUCUUGGUCAGCUCCAGGUCAACUCUUCUCAUGGAGUUGUUGAAAUGAUGAAAAAAUAAUCCUAUGUAGUCUCCCGAGA